AGUUUCCUGCUUCAGUGUUCUCGCGAGACAACGUGUUUUGCAUCUAGAGCUGCUGGAAAAACAUGGCAGAAACCGAUCCAAAGUCAGUUCAGGACCUUACUAAUGUGGUCCAGACGCUGCUGCAACAGAUGCAGGACAAGUUCCAGACCAUGUCUGACCAGAUCAUCGGGAGAAUCGAUGAGAUGAGCACCCGCAUUGAUGACCUGGAGAAGAACAUUGCCGACCUCAUGACCCAGGCGGGCGUGGAGGAGAUAGAAGGGGUCAAAGAACCACAGAUGAAAGAAGGGCAAGGGUCAUGAAGGUUGCCAAGUAACAAGAUGUCAAGGAUUUUCUCCAGGAGUAGCACACUUUUCCACUGUAACCAUUCAUUACUUGGUUUGGCGUGUUGUAAAGUUAUUUUUUAUAUUGACUAUUGCAAUAAAAGUAACAGUUCUUAUGUA